CCGUAACGCCAACGCUUCUCUCGACGCCCACAUUUUUCCUUAGUCUUCUUUGAUCACCGUCAUUUCCUCCUUCACUUACUAUCUCGGUCCCCAUCAGCCAUAGCUCUUACGUUCGCUUCGCUUUCAGACCUGGCUUGGUACCUUCUCCACUACCUGGACACAUCCAUCUUUCUUCCUAGCCUACACGACAACGCUUCUUCGCCUCCUUCAUCACUAACGCUCAUGAUGGCGACUCGCAAAGAGCAGCUCAUGCCUGAUACGAAGACGACAGCAGCUCUGUUACCGAAAGCGGCGAAGGUUAAGAAGCGCACAUCUGCAAAACCCGCGGAUGCCAGCAAGAGAAGGUCGUUGCGCCUAGCAGAGAAGCCACGCAAGUACCCUGUUAGGCGAUACAAAAAUGGACUGCUCAAUUUGGAGGAGACACCUGAGAGGUUGGUCGAGAUCGUCAAGCGCAACACUAUUGAUUCUCCUCUUCUACGUCUUCCCCCCGAGCUUCGAAACAAAAUCUGGGCAUUCACCAUGAGUCGCCAGUUUGUCAUUGUGGAUCCCGCACUCGAGUCGGGGGAGGUCAUCAAGAAGAAUUGCGUAGGAGCCGUCUCAGUUCAAAGCAAGUCAAUGGACAGCUCCGGAGGCUUGGCAGGUCACUAUCAGACAAAAGGGUUGUCUUCAACAUUUCACUUGCCUAAAGUCAGUAGGCAGGUCUACAGCGAAACAGCGACUCUCGCAUAUUCGACAAGCACUUUCAUCAUCGGAUGGUCCAUACUGAACUACAACGAUUGGGCGAAGAGGUUGCUUCCUGCCCAACGAAACGCGAUCGAGGUAAUUGAGGCCAAAGCUUCAGUGGUGGCCGCACUGGUUGAGAGUCCCUCUUAUUCCAAGAAGACAAUGAUAAUUCAAUGCUUCCCGAACCUCAAACGCUUCACGAUAACACAGAAAGCCUUUCAAGAAGUGAAAAGGUAUAGUGUUAUGUACAAUCCGAGUAUCACACUUACGAAUGAGGAGUACGAGGUCAGAAUUGAGACGAGAUUAAAGGAAUCGGCUGGAGCAGAUGUGGAUAUAGUGUUUGAGGGAAAUGCGAUGGCAAGCGGCAACUCUGCUACUGCAUGAUCGAUUUCUUGCUGUGGAAUCAGCCUCACCAGAUACCAGAUGCCUUUGUGUUCUUCUUCUAGCACAUAUCAUCGCCAUCAUAGCAGAACGGCAUACUACUGAAAGAAGAAGUUUGAGCUUCUCAUCGAAAGAUAAAUCAAGAAUUGAAAGGGCGGAGAUAGUCAAGUCUACUGCAAAGGAGCAGCCAG